GGCACCGUUUUACCGAGGGGAAACUAAGUAAACUCGCUAAGCGAGUCCAAAGGUUUAAGUAUUGAGUUGGCGCUCAAAAUCCCCAAUCUUGGUCGAAAUUGGAAACCCUAACUUCUGAAUCGAAUCGAAUCGAAUCGAAGAUCGUAGUGCUUCUGGAUGAUAGCUACUCUUUGAAUGGGUGGUACGGACGCAAAGGACAUUCUGGGGUUGCCGAAGACUCCACUCUCUUUAAGCCACGAGAAGAAAUCGCGACCCCAGAAGGAGUCUCACCGAAAACCCGAUGGCAUUUCACGCGAGGUUUAUGCGCUUACGGGGGGCGUUGCGCCUCUUAUGCCCUCAAUUGAUGUUACCCACUUAAAGCGACCUCCUCCACCUGAUGAGAAGGUAGAUUGGCAAUGGCUUCCCAUCAAAAGUUCUGCUAGGAAAGAUGAUUUGCAGCUUUUCCAUUGGGUUAGAGUGGUUAAUGGUGUUCCACCUACAGCUGACUAUUCCUUUGCCAAAUAUAACAAGUCAGUUGAUAUCUUGAAAUACACAGACGAUGAGUAUGAGAAUCAUUUAACGGAUCCCCUAUGGACCAAGGAAGAGACAUCUCAGUUGUUUGAACUCUGUGAAAGGUUUGAUCUCCGUUUCACUGUCAUUGCUGAUCGCUUUCCCUUACCACGGACUGUAGAGGAAUUGAAGGAUCGUUACUAUACUGUAACUCGGGCUCUGCUGCGUGCUAGAGCUCAGUCUCCAGCAGAGUUGGCAAACCAUCCUCUUAUGAAGGAGCCUUAUGAUAUUACACGCGAUAGAGAGCGCAAACGUGCAUUGUCAAUGGUCCUGUCCCAGAGUAGACACCAGGAGAAGAAAGAUGCUGAGAUUCUUGCUGAGGCUAAGAGAAUCACAGAGAUGCGUUUGGCUGCACGUCGUGCGGCAGAUCUUGAUGUGUCUGGGAAUGAGAAUGUCGGUCUUGAUAAAGCUGAUGGAGGUCCAGGGUGUAGUGUAUCUCCAUCUUCCAAUUCUCAGCUUCCUGCAACUGCUGUGGCUCCAUCAACACUAACUAUGGCAGAUUAUACCUCUACUCUUGCUUCUCUGCGCAUGCUUCAUGUGUACUUGAGAACCUAUGGACUCGAACAAAUGGUCCAAGCUGCAAGCUCUGCUGUUGGUCUUCGAACGAUCAAACGCGUUGAGCAGACUCUGCAAGAUCUUGGGGUUAAUCUAAAGCCAAAGGUUCCCACAAAAACUGUAUGUGAUGAGCAUCUUGAAUUACGAAAAGAAAUUCUUACACUACUAAACCUUCAGAAGCAGCUACAGUAUAAAGAAUCAGAAGGAUCAUCACACCGUGAAGGGACAUAUGCCGCAAUGCCAGACACUCCAAAGGAUCGUGUUUUCGCAUCGGAGCCAUUCAGUUUUGGAGGUACAUUCCUUUAAUCUUCUUUGUUUCAGAAUUGUAUCUGCUACUUGGCCAUCUCUAAGUUGCAAUUUGUGUGUCUGUGUUUAGGAGUUUCAGCUGACAGACCAAUCAAGAAGGAACCAAAGCGCAAGGGUCCUGGAAGACAGGCAGACACUCCUUCACCAGCUCAUAAGCGGCCUAGAAAAUUGAAAGCAUCUGAUCUCUAAAAAUGUUGUCUCGGUGCACUUCUGAUUCCCCCUAUUUUCAUUUGCAAGAUUUAUUUCAGUCUGAAGCUUUGUACUAUUUUCAGUUUCUUUAAUUAUGUAGAAGAGAAUACGAAGUUAAUGCGUUAGUAAAUUAAAAGUUGAAAACCAA